GCGCCCGGCGGGGCAGGGCCCCUAUAUAAGGCGUCGGAGGCCGCUACUCGGAGCACAGGAGCAGCGAGUCUGCCUGGUGUCAGUGCGGGAGGCCGGGUCCUGCGGAGACCGCUUCUCCACCACCAUGCUGGGCCCUCGGCUGCUGCUGCUGCUCUGGUGCGGGGGAGCCCUGCUCGGCGCCGGUCUGGAUGACACCUCCUUUGCCCACCUGGGACCCCAGGGGCUGAAGGACUCCCCACAGCCAGCGGCCGGCCGGGCCUGGUGCUCCACGUGGGGGUCCGGCCACUUCUCCACCUUCGACGGCCACGUGUAUGACUUCGAGGGGACCUGCAACUACGUCUUCGCGGCCAUCUGCCAGGACGCCUCCGCCCCCACCUUCAGCGUCCAGCUGCGGCGAGAGCCCGGCGGGAACAUCUCCCGCAUCAUCGUGGAGCUGGGGGCCUCGGUGGUCACGGUGCAGGAGGGGGCCAUCUCCAUCAAGGACGUGGGAGCCGUCAGCCUGCCCUACACCAGCAACGGGCUGCAGAUCACUCCCUUCGGCCAGAGCAUGCGGCUGGUGGCCAAGCAGCUGGAGCUGGAGCUGGUGGUGCUGUGGGGCCCCGGUGCCCACCUCACGGUCCUGGUGGAGGACAGGCACAAGGGCAGGAUGUGCGGGCUCUGCGGGAACUUUGACGGCGAGAAGACCAACGAGUUUCUGAGCGAGGACGGCACGCAUCUGGAGCCCCACAAGUACGCGGCCCUCCAGAAGCUGGACGACCCCAACGAGAUCUGCACCCACGAGGCCAUCCCCGGCCCCCGGGUCCCGCAGGCAGAGCAUGCCCGGACCUGCGCCCAGCUGCUGGCCCUGGUGGCCCCCGAGUGCGACGUGCCCAAGGAGCCCUUUGUGCAGAGCUGCCAGGCCGACCUGGCCGCGUGUGCCGAGCCAGGCCAGCAGAGCUGCGCCUGCGCCACGCUCUCCGAGUACUCGCGCCACUGCAGCCUCGCCGGCCAGCCCGUCAGCCGCUGGCGGAGGCCCGGCCUCUGCUCGCUGGGCCAGUGCCCGGCCAACCAGGUGUACCAGGAGUGCGGCGAGGCCUGCGUCAAGACCUGCUCCCACCCACAGCACAGCUGUGCCCACUCCUGCACCUUCGGCUGCUUCUGCCCGGAAGGUCUGGUUCUCGAUGACAUUUCCAAAAACCGCACCUGCGUGCCCGUCGCCCAGUGCCCCUGCACGCUCAGCGGUGUGGCCUACGCCCCCGGGGCGGUCACUGCCGACGCCUGCCGCUCCUGCCAGUGCACCAUGGGGAGCUGGAAGUGCGAAGAGCGGCCCUGCCCCCAGCCCUGCGCCCUGGAAGGCGGCUCCUUUGUGACCACGUUCGACGCCAGGCCCUACCGCUUCCACGGCACCUGCACCUACAUCCUCCUCCAGAGCCCCCAGCUCCCAGACGGGGGCUCCCUCUUGGCCGCCUACGACAAGUCUGGGUACUCGCAUUCGGAGACCUCCUUGGUCGCCCUCAUCUACAUGAACAGCCAGGACAAGAUCCUGAUUACCCAGGACGAGGUGGUCGCCAACGAAGAUGCCAAGUCGCUGCCAUACAAGACCGGCAACAUCACGGUCUUCAGGCAGACGUCCACCCACCUGCAGAUGGCCACCACCUUCGGGCUGGACCUGGUGGUGCAGCUGCAGCCCACGUUCCAGGCCUACAUCACCGUGGGGCCGCAGUUCAGAGGCCAGACCCGCGGGCUCUGCGGCAACUUCAACGGGGACACGACAGACGACUUCAUGACCAGCACGGGCAUCGCCGAGGGCACGGCCACGCUGUUCGUGGACUCCUGGCGCGCAGGGAACUGCCCGGCCGCCAUGCAGCGCGAGACCGACCCCUGCUCCAUGAGCCAGCUCAACAAGGUGUGCGCGGAGACCCACUGUGCGGUGCUGGUGGAUAAGGGCACGGUCUUCGAGAGGUGCCACGCUGCGGUGAACCCCAAGCCCUUCUACAGGAGGUGCGUGUACCAGGCCUGCAACUACGAGGAGACCUUCCUGCACAUCUGCUCCGCGCUGGGGGACUACGCCCACGCCUGCGCCUCCAAGGGCGUCCUGCUCAGGGGCUGGAGGAGCAGCGUCGACAACUGCACCAUCCCCUGCACUGGCAACCAGACCUACAGCUACGACAGCCGGGCCUGCGGCCGCACCUGCCUCUCCCUGUCCGACCACGCCGGCGAGUGCCACCCCAGUGCCGUGCCCAUGGAAGGCUGCAACUGCCCCGAGGGCACCUACCUCAACCACAGAGCCGAGUGCGUGCGCAAGGCCCAGUGCCCCUGCCUCCUGGACAACAACAAGCUCAUCCUAGCCGGCCAGUCCACUGUGGUCGAGGGCGACAUCUGCUACUGUUCCAACGGGCGGCUCAGCUGCCCUGGGCGGCCGCCAAUGCUCCUGGCAUCCUGCUCGGCCUCCAAGACGUACCAAUCCUGCAGCCAAUCCUCAAGGAACAAGUUUGGGGCGGCCUGUGCGCCCACAUGCCAGAUGCUGGCUACGGGCAUCCCUUGUAUGCCCAUCAAGUGCGAGCCCGGCUGUGUCUGUGCUGAGGGGCUCUACGAGAACGCCAGCGGGCAGUGCGUGCCCCCCGAGGAGUGCCCGUGCGAGUUUGGGGGGGUCUCCUACCCCCGGGGCGCCGAGCUAAACACCGACUGUAAGGCCUGCACCUGCUCGAGUGGGAAGUGGACGUGCCAGCAGAGUGCCCACUGCUCGUCCACCUGCACGCUCUAUGGCGAGGGCCACGUGAUCACCUUCGACGGGCAGCGCUUCCUGUUCGAGGGCAGCUGCGAGUACAUCUUGGCCACGGAUGGCUGUGGCACCAAUGACUCGCAGCCCACCUUCAAGAUCCUGACGGAGAAUGUCGUGUGUGGGAAACUGGGGGUCACCUGCUCCCGGGCCAUCAGGAUGUCCCUAGGGGGCUUGUCCAUCGUGCUGGCGGACGGGAACUACACGGUCAGCGGGACAGACCCCCAGGUGUACUUCCGGGUCAAGGCUGACUCCCUGUACCUGAUAGUGGACGUCACCAUCGGCAGCAGCUACAACCUGACCGUUAACUGGAACAAGCACAUGGCCGUCUCCCUCAAGAUCUCGCGAGCCUCGCAGGACCCCCUGUGCGGCUUGUGCGGCAACUUCAACGGGAACAUGAAGGACGACUUUGAGACGCGCAGCAAGUACGUGGUGUCCAGCGAGCUGGAGUUUGUGAACUCGUGGAAGGAGAGCCCGCUGUGCGGAGACGCCAGGCUCUCGGUGGACCCCUGCAGCCUCAACGCCUUCCACCACGCCUGGGCCGAGCGCAAGUGCAGCAUCAUCAACAGCCAGACCUUCGCCGCCUGCCACGGCCAGGUGUACCGCCAGCCCUACUACGAGGCCUGUGUGCGCGACACCUGUGGGUGCGACAUGAGUGGGAACUGUGAGUGCCUCUGCGACGCCGUGGCCGCCUACGCCAAGGCCUGCCUGGACAAGGGCGUGUGCGUGGACUGGAGGGGCCCCGACUUCUGCCCCAUCUACUGCGACUUCUACAACUCCCACACGCGGGCGGACGAUGGCCAGUACCAGUACGCCCAGGAGACCAACUGCACGUGGCACUACCAGCCGUGCCUCUGCCCCCAGCAGCUGCAGAGCCUUCCAUAUACCAACAUGGAAGGCUGCUACAACUGCUCCCAGGAUGAGUACUUCGACCAGGACAAGGGGACGUGCGUGCAGUGCAUGCUGCUGCCCACCACGCCGUCGCCGCCCACCACGCCGUCGCCGCCCACCACAGGUGAUUGCGCACUCACUAGGUGCCAAGGCUCGCCCUCCACAGAAGCCAGGCCUACCUCGGCCACCCCCAACGUCACAGCCACCCCCGGAACCACGGGGCCCCUCAGCUCCACGGCCCCCUCCUCCGCACAGACAGGGGCAGCCCCGACCAUGCAGCCAGAACCCACCGUCUCCUCGGGAGAGUCACCUCGGACGACCUCGGCCAUCACCACACGAGCCACGUCAGGGCCAGCUCCCACAGCCACUUCCAGGUCAACAGCCACGGGACCUACUGUGACUCGAGCUACUACACAACCCACCACAUCCCUGCUCAGCACAGCCACGCAAUCCACAGCUCGGUCCACAGUGCGCACCACGGCGGCCUGGCCAAUGCCAACCACGCCAGGACUCGCCACGGGGUCCCCCCAAGUGCCGACACACCUGCCCACCACGGCUGCCCCCACGCCAGGUGAGGACAGGGCCCUGGCGACCCAAGAGGUCUAGAGGGCAGUGAACAGGUCUGAAAUCAGGGCCACACGUCAAAAUUCCAGAAAGAUCCCCACAGGAAAGAGCCCAUCAGUACUGGAAGCCCAUCACAGCCACACUGAGUGAGGGGGGAAGAGAGGGGCCUAAAAAGGAACACAAACGGUACAACCAAAGAGCAGAGUCAGGAAAACAAGGGACUGCUAGGUGCAGGGGAAGCCUGGCGGGAGAGAAUGAGCAGCAGCAGAUGGCAGACCACAUCCCGGGCACAGAUGACACAACUACCAAUUAACGGGUCACACUUUCCACAGGCCACUCGACACCGCACCAACCCGAAGGAACCACCAUAGGAUCACCAGGGAGCACCUCCAGCCACAGCACAGGACACACAAGGCCAGAGACCAGGUCAACCUGGGCCACACCCACAGGGCCACACACUCCCCUCGCUUCUCACACCGCACCCACUGGUUCCGUGUCCACCA